AUGUUAUUAAAUGGGUUGUUGACACCUAAAGAGGGAUAUUAUGCUACAUUUAAUAAACAAUUAAAAGUUUAUGCUACUAGAGGAGAAAAAUCAAUUCAAGUGAAAAGGCUCCAUAAAGGUCUUACUAAUAACAAUAAUAAUAAUGAUAAUGAUAAUGAUAACAAUAAGUCUCAAAACUUGGUUUCCUCAAUAUUUAUUAGAGACUUGAAUCAAGUGGUCACAUGCAAUUGGGACCUGAUUAAUGGUAAAUACUUGACUAUAUUCUUUAAAGAUGGAUCAAUUAGAAUAAAUGAUAUGCUCCAAAAUGGCAAAUUGGUUGCCUUUUUACGCACAAAAUUAAAUGAUAUAGACUUUGGGUAUUGGGAUAGAAUAAUAAUUAGAAAAGAUCGAUAUGAUGAAAAUGAAUCAAUGUCUUUUAAUUAUGAUAUUUUGGAUCUAUUGCCUAAACUGGUCAAAUAUAAUUCAAAGGAUGAGCCUCCGAACAUGUCUUUGUAUGUCCCGCAAGUCCCUAUCUGGAGAACUUACAAACAGAAAAUUAUUGAUAUCCAUCUUUUACAUCAAUCUGUCACAGAUAGUUUUGUGCUGGUAAUAGAUGGUGAAUAUAUUAUUAAUUUAUCCGAUUCAAAUCCUAAUAAGAAACUUUGUAAGAUAUUAAAGGAAACCGACGGAUUAUAUAGCUGUUACUAUGAAAAUGGUUUCAUAAAAGAGAUUGAUGUCAGGAGUAUCUUAAACAAUAAUAGUAAAGGAAAAUUUUUGACUUUAAUACAAACAUACUCUCUAAUAGAUGAUUAUUUUGAAUUUUGGAAAUAUCAUAUUAAUACUAUACUACAGGAUUUAGUUUUACCAUUUUUAACUUUUACACAUAAACUAAAAGAUGAAGAGAUACAUGGUUUUAAUAUAUAUGAGCAUUUGGUUACAUUGUUCUUUGAUGGGAUAGUGUCUAAUAAAUUAGCAGAUUGGCUAAAAUAUUCAUUAAGUGAGAAAAAUUUGGAGAUGUUACAGGUUAUGAUUGAUCAAGCUUAUAAAACAACAACACAGAUAUUGAUGAUGUGUAUUAUUCCGGUGAUAGAAAGGCUACUUAUAUUAACUAAUCAAUUACAAUCUAUUCUAUUAUCUAUACAAUUAAUCAAUCAAGGAAAAAUGGCUGAAUUAGAACAGAUCUCAAUAAUAGAGGCUAAACAGAUUAUAAAAAAAUGUCAAGAGUUAUUAAAGAAAACUAUAGAAAAAAUCAAAAUUAUCACUCAUGAGAAUUCUUUAUUGAAAAUAUUAUUAAUAUGGCUAGAUGAUAAAAGAAAUUCUGUAAUAGAUGAGGAUCAUAUAGAUAAUUUGGAUAUUAACAGUGACAGUAGUUAUGGAUUCCAAAUUAUGGACGGUCUCGACAUAAUAUUCGGACGAGACACAAAAUAUGACAUAUUAGACAGUUCAACAUUUUUAGAAACUAUUAAAUUAUGCAAAGAUCAAUUACAAAAGGUUAAUAAACUGUAUGUUAUAGAAUUAUUGACUAGUGGUUUAGUGAUAGGAGAUUUUAUCCCAUUUAUGAAUCAUAUCUAUGGAUCUAAAUUUAUUGCAUUGUUAGAUAUUGAAAUGACUACUUUCGGAGAUAACCAAAUAAUAAUUUAUAUAGUUAAAAUAUUAGACAAUACAGAGUAUCAGAUAAAAUUAGGAUUGAUGGACUAUAAUGAUCAUAGUGUUAAAAAAGAUGUAAAAAUUCCGUAUGCAAAUAUUGAAGAUGUAACAGGUAUACAUAUUGCAAAUGAUACAAUUAUAAAGAAAGAGUACAGUGAAAAUGAUGAGGAUGUUGCUGGAGACAGUAUAAUCUUUAAUGAUAAAAUAUGUAUUAUUACACAGUAUCAUGAUACUGAAUAUAGGAAGCAUGUUUGUCAUAUUUUAAAAGAGCCAUUGUCACCUUUUAGAACAGAUGCAAAUUUAAAUAAGCAUCAUGAUUUACUGAAAAGUUUUAUACCAUGCAUGGAACUAUCAUUUUGUGGUGAUACAUUAUAA